AUGAACCAAAACGUUCAAAAAUCGUGUAAUAUUUAUUACAGUGCAAAUUAUAAUUAUACAUCUAUAAACAAUAAAGAAGAUGGUGCGAAAAUGCAUGGAUCAAGGAGGGUUGUGGUAUUUUGUCUGCUCACAACGUUCUUGCCUUCGAUACAUAAAGGACAGUCAUCAAUAUUUUGUGAAAAACAUUCCCUAAAAAUGAAUAACACAUUCAAUGCAUUCCAAAUGAAAGGGCGGCCACAAUUAUCACAAAAAAGGAAACAUAUUACGUUGAGAAAGUCUAUGUCCCUGCCAGAUGAUACUUUAGAAUACUGGGGCUUUUAUCUGUUUGCUGGUGCUACUGUAGAAUUAAAGGCAUGUUCAAGAUAUGAAGGCUCAAAAAUACUAGUUGUUAAAGGAGAAAAGACACUAGAUACAUGUGGUAUUUUAGAAGGAAGCCAUUAUAAAAAUGACGCACCACUGAUAGAAAAAAGUGAAAAUGUUUCAGUGACACUCCAAAGUCCUAAUAUACUGAAUAAUCCAAAUCCAAUUAUCAGUGAGAAAAAGUUUUAUGAUGAUGAUGAUAAUAACACCUCUCAUGAUGUUCAAGGGCAAAAAUUAAGGAACAAACGGGAUACACUAAGUCCUUCGUUGCACAACCCUCAUACUAUUUUAGACACCGGUGUCAACCAUGGAGGUAAUGCAUUUCCAAAAUCUAAAGCUGAAAAUAAUGACAGAUCUGUGUCUAGUUUUGAAAAUAAUCUUUAUCAAUGUUAUAAUAAAAAUAUUCUAAUCAAUGAAUACUUUCCAUAUUCUAUACAAUGUAACAACACAAAAUAUUUAGAGAUUACAACAACUCUUAAAGUUGUUCAUGAAGUUACAUUAGAUGGAUAUUAUUAUUAUAUAUUUUACAGUGAUAAUGAUAUUGUUAUUAAUGAUGUUCAUGCAAUAUUUGAUAUUUACAAACCAGUGUUUCAAUAUUCAAAUAUGUCUGAUCCCAAGAUAUGUAUAAAUAAAACAGAAUGCUCAUUUGAUGUCACAAUGUUUAGUGACGAAUUAGUUAUAGUAGACAUUCCAACAAGAGAUGGCUUAAAGAAUGAGGAUAAUUCCAUUUUGAUUACUGAAAUAACAACAGUGUACAAAUGGGUUCAAAAGAACAAGGAUACCAAUCAGGAGAAUGGUCGGGGCCUAACAAAAGAAAGUAAUGAACUUAUUGGGACAGUUUGA